GGGUAGGUUGCAGGCGGGCAUCGCGUGUGGCGGGCGCGGAGCGCGGCAUCUUUUCUGCUGUAGGGCGGGAGCCGCCCGCGCCGCCGCUUCCCGCGCGCUCUGCACCACGGCCCCCGGCGCCGGCUGGAGAACGCCAAAAACCUAAGGGGCCGACAGGUCGGCUGGCUCGCGGCUCGAGCCCGGGAGCUCCUCGUGCAGCGGUCGCGGGGCCAUCCCCGCGGCUGCUGCCAUGACCAACUCUUUCCCCAGAGCGGAUUCUUCCUUAGCGGUCGCUGUAGAGAGGGAUGAGGGCCGGCUCCUGGCCUCAGGACCGUGAGACGAGUUCGGGGCAGGCCGGUUAAGGGGACUCCGCAGAGGCCGCCUGCGCCUUCCCGGGCUCGUUCUUUCUGCGCCGGAGACCUCGCGGCGGGCGCGGGGAGGCGGAAUGUUCCCGCGGAGGCCGCCGGCCACCGUGUCCGCCUGGUUGGCGGGGACGCGGGGUGGGGGCCUGCUGGCCCUGCUGGCCAAUCAGUGUCGCUUCGUGACGGGCCUGCGCGUGCGGCGCGCACAGCAGAUCGCGCAGCUCUACGGCCGCCUCUACUCGGAGAGCUCGCGUCGCGUCCUCCUCGGCCGCCUCUGGCGCCGGCUGCGCGGCCGUCCUGGCCAUGCCUCUGCCUUGAUGGCGGCGCUCGCUGGCGUCUUCGUGUGGGACGAGGAGAGGAUCCAGGAGGAGGAAUUGCAGAGAUCCAUUAAUGAGAUGAAACGGUUAGAGGAAAUGUCAAAUAUGUUUCAGAGCUCUGGAGUUGAGUGCCACCCUCCAGAACCAAAGUCCCAAACAGAAGGGAAUGAAGAUUUGGAGGACAAAGAGCAACCAUGGGAAAUGGUGAUGGAGAAGAAACACUUUAAGCUGUGGCGGCGCCCAAUUAUGGGCACCCAUCUCUACCAGUACCGAGUUUUUGGAACCUACACAGAUGUGACACCCCGGCAGUUCUUCAAUGUUCAGUUAGACACAGAGUAUAGAAAAAAGUGGGAUGCCCUGGUGAUCAAGCUGGAGGUGAUCGAGAGGGAUGUGGAUAGUGGCUCUGAGGUUCUUCACUGGGUAACCCAUUUUCCUUAUCCAAUGUACUCACGGGAUUAUGUUUAUGUCCGGCGGUAUAGUGUGGAUGAGGAAAACAACGUGAUGGUGUUGGUGUCACGUGCUGUGGAGCACCCUAGUGUGCCAGAGUCUCCAGAAUUCGUCAGGGUCAGAUCAUAUGAAUCCCAAAUGGUUAUCCGUCCCCACAAGUCAUUUGAUGAGAAUGGCUUUGACUACUUGUUGAUAUACAGUGACAAUCCCCAGACUGUGUUUCCUCGCUACUGUGUUAGUUGGAUGGUUUCCAGUGGCAUGCCAGACUUCCUGGAGAAGCUGCACAUGGCCACUCUGAAAGCCAAGAACAUGGAAAUCAAAGUAAAAGACUACAUUUCUGCUAAGCCUCUGGAAAUAAAUAGUGAAGCCAAGACCACCACCCAGUCCUCUGAGCGGAAGAAUGAGGGUAGUCGUGGCCCUGCUCGGAUUGAAUAUGCCUGAAGGGCUUUGGGAUAAGAAAGGAUAGAUGUUUCAAGCCCUGUCAGUCCCUUGUCACUCCGCUACAGAAUGGGGACAAGUCAUGUGUAUUAGAAGGCAUCUGCUGUAUCCACCAGUGCAAGAUAAUUCAAUUAACAUGUUCAAUUUCAUUGGGAGCCCUUAUUGCUCUUUGUCAAACAGAGAAGAAGGCAGCAUCCACGAGGUGCCAUAUUUUCAGGCCAACCAUUUUUAAAUUUAGUAUUUCACUGAGCUUAUCUGGAACAAACGUCUCCACCUCACGCCAGAAGAGGAUGCCUUCCAUUUGCUUCCUCUGAGUAGUUUCCUCUGCUGACAUUCCAAAUCCCACCAUUGGUUGCGCAGCGCUUUGGAUUUCCUUCAGUUCUGCAGGUCCACCUGGAAAGCGUAGUUGGCUGGUUGAGUUUCUCAGUUGAGGGGUCACUGAGAGUUUUCUUGGUAACUAUCUUAGUGUGAAUGGGUAUGAAUGUCACUUGGCCGUGUUAAGUGCCUUGUCCUCACUUUGCUUUUAUCUUUAGGAACAUGAAGUUUGUACCAAGAAAUUUCUCUCCCUACCUGCAGAAUAUCACCCCAUCGACUCACCUAACCCAAAGAAGUUUCCUUUGACUCGGCCAGUUCUUCCCUACUCAUACCCUAUUCUCAUUGCGUCAUUGCCUGCUUCCCAACCUUAGCCCUUUUACCAAGAGCACUGGGAGAGGACUCCUUUUAGACAGUAGCUUUCUAUAUCAGUGUUUUCGUAGGAUCAGUGGAGAUGCUCAAAACAUCACAUUUACCUUUAGUUUAUUUUUUUAAACCUUUGCGUCAAAAAGGAGUUGGGGAGUCAAGUGGAAUUUCUCCAUAGUCCCACUGUAUAGAGAACACCUUUUUGAUUCAGGUGUUAUUUUUCACACUUUAGUUUUGACUUGUCCUUGGAAGACUAAAGGCAAAGGAGUGGGAGCUGGGCCACUUGGACCUCUCAGAGCUGUAGAUAAGCUGUGUGAACCAAUACUAAUAUAGUGGAGAUGUGGUUCAUGUGACCCUCUUGUUCCUCUAAAGAGGUUUUCCUCCUCUCUUCAGAGCUAAAAUCACAACAGAUGGCUAAGGUCACAACAGAUGGUAUCAGUUUGGCCUAGCUGGUUUUACAAUCUGUUGGGAGAAUAGGGAGCAAGUUUUAGAAAUUUUUAAAUCUUCCUCCCUUUUUUUCUGGAGUUUAAAUGGCUGGAUUUUUCCUGCUUGCUACUCAUUUGUGGUGUUGAAAAAGGGAUCUAAACCUGAGAUUAACUUAAAGCCCUCCUUGACCUGAUUGUUGCCUGUUCAGUUUUGUGCCAAGGAAACAACUGCCCCAGUGUUUUAUGUCUUACCUUCUCUGGGUCAUUGGCAGAGCAGAGAGAUGCAUUGAGCAGUCCCAGCUUCUUUUCAUUGAUUAUUUCUCUCUUCUCCCCCAGGACCUGACAGAGCCAGGGAAGGGUCCCUGGGUUAUGUUCACACUUAGCUCCUGCAGUGGUUGGGGUGUGAAUGGAUGUAUGCAGGAGAGUGUGUGCGUGUACAGGUGCUGAAGAGUUGUGGUUGCUCCAUAUUGUGACUUAACAGCAAUUUGACUCUGCACUUGGUGUCCCUCUGUACAGUUACUUAUGUCGUCGUAAUGAUUUCACUCCUAACUGUAACAUUUUUAUUAAACGUGUGAAUAAAUACAUAAAGAUUGGUACAAAA